UCCUCAAAACCAGCUACUGUUCAUUGACCUGAGGCAUCACAGUAGAAACUGCAACGCUGGACUCAAUGGCUCCUUAGAAAGAAAUUUCAGUGUUCUGGAUGGAAGCUUUUUCUUUGGGUUCUGGAGAAUUAGCAGAAGGUGACCCAUGAGAGUUUCUUUUUCUGUACCCAGACUGGAAUUAGCCCAAGGAUUGUUCUCAGGAGAACAAUGGAUAAUAAUACUACAUGCAGUAUAAAUAACCAUGUGGAUAAGUAUUUGUUUCCUGUUGUUUACAGCAUUGUGAUUGUGAUCGGUAUUCCUGUCAAUUGUAUAUCCCUCUAUGUAUCCUGCAUGCAGGUGAGGAAGAAAAAUGAGUUAGCAAUCUACCUCUUCAGUUUAUCCCUGGCUGACCUCUUCUACUGUCUGAUUCUACCUCUGUGGAUCGACUACACAUCAAGGGGAGACAACUGGCAGUUCUCUUCCUUGCUGUGCCAGAUUUCUGCCUUCAUUAUACAAACAAAUUUUUACACCAGUGCUGCUUUUCUCACCUGCAUCUCUGCUGACAGGUACCUAGCCUUAGUUUACCCACUGAGGUUCCAACAUCUGCGCUCAAGAAGAUGCGCUUUGAUCAUCAGCAUAUUUUUUUGGGCUUUAGAAACCAUCUUCAAUUCCUCAGUUCUGACCCAUAAAGAAACGUUCACUAAAGUUUGCAUGUCCAGGAAUUAUACAAUAUGUUAUGAUAAAUACCCCAUGGAACUUUGGCAAGUCAAAUUAAACAUAUUCAGGAUAAUUACAGGAUACACAAUCCCUUUGACAAUCAUUCUGUUUUGCUACUACAAAAUUUACCAAGUUGUAAGACGUAAUCAAGCCACGGAGGACAGAGAAAAAAGGAAAAUCAAGAAGCUGUUACUGAGCAUCACUGUUACUUUCAUUGGUUGCUUCACCCCCUACCAUACUGUGCUGCUCAUUCGCAGCAUUGAAGACUCCCCUUAUAUGUAUGCGAUUUACAGGAUCAUACUGGCUUUAACAAGUUUGAACUGUAUUACUGACCCAAUUCUGUACUGCUUUGUAAGUGAAUCUGGGAGGACAGAUAUCCUGAACUUGUUCAAAUGCUGCUUUUCUAUGCAGCACACUGAGUUAAGCCAGCCCAGAACGGUUGUUGUGUCUAGUACUAUUUUCAAAAGCAGUAGACGAGGGACCAGUGGGGACCUGUGUGUGAAACUAAGCCACCUUUAAAAAGACCUGAUAUAAUGAAUUGUCAAAGCAAGGCUUGAUAAUGAAUACAGAAAGGCCAAAUUCUUCCCUCAUUUACAUCCAGCAAACACCACUAAAACUGAAUUAAACUAUCCUGAGAAAAGUGAAAUCAGCAGAGUUGCAGGGGUGUAGCUGAGGACAGUAUUUUUUUACAGCUUUUCAUAUACAAGGAAGAAAGAAGAAUGCAUACUCUAGUGAUUACAGGUGAUAAAUAGGAGCCAAAUUCUCUCAUGGGAUCUAACAAAGAGACAUUAAGUCACUGAAAUCAACGGAAACUACACCUACCCCAAGUGGACCGGUAAAUCAGGCCUAGUAUGAUCUUUGAUGGAAUGUUUUUGGCCAACCUGUGUAGCACACCUCUAGCUCGGGCUGUUUGAUGGAGAACCGCCAGGCAAAAGUUCUCUACCUACGGUGGUCUUAGACAGCUAUAUAGAAACAUUUGUCAAAGCAUAUGUUUGUGCAUUUAAUUUACACAUGUCCCUAUCACAUUCAUCCUGGCAAACACCACUGGUUGUGCCUGUUCAUAUCAUCCAUGAAUCGGAUACUCAGACACUUUUCUAAAUUAAAAAAAAAAGAUCCUCACUAUUCUUGGUUGUAAUGACCACAUCUAAGUGGCCCUGUCUUUUGGCCUAUUUUUUCUGCAUUAUAUAUUAGCAUCUGUCCAACAAAUUCUUAUGUUCAUUUAUUUUUUCACAUAUGUAUGUUGUUUGUAUCAUAGUUUAAGCACAUAUACACAUAAAACACACACACACACACAAAACAUUUAAACUACA